UAACCCAAUUUCGUUGAAAAAAACAUGUCCAAGUCCUCUCAAUUCCCCUCUUGCCUUCGCCCCCCCACCACCACCACCUCCGCUGCCAACCACCACUCCAUGACGGCGGCGCCACCCACUUCCUCCAAUCCCAACCUCACCACCUCCGUCUACAAAACCAACCUCGGCCUCUUCACCCUCACCUGGUCCCACACCCUCCUUGGCCGCUCCCUCCACCUCCACCUCCAUCUCCACCAUCCCACCACCGCCACUCUCUCUUCUCCAUCUUCCUCCUCCGACCCUUCUUUCCACCUCCUCCUCAAACCCUUCAAUUUCUGGAUCAAAAAAGGUUCAAAGAAGCUCAAAAUCAACACCGCCACACCCAAAACCAUUCAAAUCUUCUGGGAUCUUUCGAAAGCCCAAUUCGGAUCCCGACCCGAACCCCAAUCAGGGUUCUACAUCGCCGCCGUGGACGGCGGCGCAAUGACCCUUCUGGCCGGCGACUCUAUUGAUCAAGCUUAUGCCAAGACGAGAGCUUCAAAUUCAAAACCUCGGAGAACCCAAUCGAUGGUUCUCAGAAGAGAACACGUGUACGGAAUCAACAAACUAUACACCACAAAAGCAAGCUUCGGAGGCAAAUCAAGAGAUAUAUCUAUAGAUUGCAGAGUCAAUGGUGAUCAGAAACUCUGUUUCAGUGUUGAUCAGGAAAGGGUAUUGGAGAUCAAGCACUUGAAGUGGAAAUUCAGAGGGAAUGAGAGGAUUGAAGUGGAUGGUUUUUCCAUACAAGUCUCUUGGGAUGUGUAUAAUUGGUUGUUUGAGGAUGGUGACAAUGGGUAUGCUCUGUUCAUGUUCAAGUUUGAGAAACUAGGAUUUGAUGAUGAUGAAGAAGAAGAUGACGAGAUCAAUCAAUCGAAUGAAAUGAAUGGGUGGUCACAACAGUCUUGUGGGUUUGGAUUUGAGAAGCAGAAGAUGAUGAGGAAGAGCUUGUUGAGGACAGCGAGAAGCUCGUUGUCGUCGUCAUCGUCGUCGGUGUCAUCGGCUUCUUCAUCAGGGUGUAGUUCAGUGAUGGAAUGGGCAAGUGUGGAAGAAAAUGAGUUGAUGAGUCCUUCUGGGUUUUCUCUCAUGGUUUAUGCUUGGAAGAGUUGAAGAUGACAGG